AUGGCGGAAUUCAGCUACGACGACGUGACACCGCUACCAAUCUCGGAAGAGAACCCACAGCUAUGCCAGAUCUUGUACAAAGAGGAGUACAAAACCACAAUGGGGCUAUUGCGGGCUUUGUUGGCUAAAAAGGAGUACUCAGAGCGAGCUUUGGCUCUCACUGAGCGGGUGAUCGAGUUGAUUGCGGCGCACUACACUGUGUGGCAGUACAGAUACCACAUUGUGCUCAACAUCAACCGGUCCAUCUUGGAGGAGUUGGACUGGUGCGAGGAAAUUGCGUUGGAAAACCUCAAGAACUAUCAAAUCUGGAACUACCGCCAGUUACUCAUUGAGCACUUGUUGAGCCAGGGCUGCGAGGAGGACCGGAAGCGGUUCAGCUACAGACGGGAGUAUCCGUUGAUGCAGGCUAUGUUUGACGAAGACGAGAAGAACUACCAUGUUUGGUCUUAUCGCAAGUGGUUUGUGAAGAAGUUUGGUUUAUUGGAGUCUCCUGAGGAGUUGGCUUUUGUCGAUGGAUUGAUCGCCGCUGACAUCAGAAACAACUCUGCCUGGAACCAUCGCUUCUUUAUCAGUUUCGGGAGCUUCCAGUCGGGUGCAGCUGAUCCGCUGAUUACCGAGAGGGAGAUUAGCUAUGCCAGAAUGAAGAUUGCGUUGUCUCCACAAAACCCAUCUUCGUGGAACUACUUGCUCGGCAUCUAUGAUUUCAUAAAAAAAGAUAUCGAUGAUCUCUUUGAGUUUGCCAGUGAGUAUGCUAGCUACAGGGUGGAAGACGCCUCGGUCGAGCCUAUGAUUGAGAGUGUGCUCGCUUUGGAGGUGCUUGCCAGGAUUCAUGAGAGAAAAAACCCGCAAGAGGCUGCCAGAAUAUACGAUCUUUUGGGCACCAAAUACGACAAGAUCAGAGUUAGAUAUUGGGCAUUUGAGAAGCAAAAACUACAUGUAUAG